CAAAAAUACUGUUUAUGUUGCAUGUGAGAAGAUCAAUGAAAAAAAAGUAACAAUUUAAUAGAAUAGAGUUAUUGUAAUAAAUAUAAUUUAUAACUGCUCCAAUAAUCAAUUGGUGUUGAUAUUUUUUUACGUAAUCACGAUCAAAUGGAGACCAAGAGUGAUAAAUGUGUUACCAUAGGAGAUAAAUUUGAGGAAAUAAAAGCUGAAGGUGAAGACAACAGACCGUCAGUACAUGACGACGCAUCCGGUGGCCUAGAUGACAACGGAGCUGAUUCUGACAGUCAUGCUGAGCCAGAUGACCGUGAGAAUGAUCCUGGCGAUGGAGCCGAAACUGAACGGAUAUGCAUUUUGGAUCCUGAGUCAGAGGAGCUUGAUUUCAAUCACGCAAGACUCACCAAGUUGGAGAACCUCGAGCCGCUGACAAAAAUACAAAAAUUAUGUUUCACCUGGAAUUUGAUAAAAAAGAUUGAGAAUCUUGAUACACUCGUUACUUUGGUUGAAUUAGAAUUACGGGACAACCAAAUUACUGUCAUUGAGAAUCUGGAUGCUCUUGUGAAUCUUCAAGUUCUAGACAUUUCAUUCAACAGAAUUAAAAAAAUAGAAAACCUUGAUCGACUUACGAAUUUGCAAAAGUUAUUUUUAUCUUCCAACAAAAUAACAAAGAUUGAAAAUAUAUCGCAUUUAUCAAAUCUCACAGUAUUGGAGCUGGGUGAUAACAAAAUACGUUCCAUUGAGAAUUUAGAGAACCUAACAAACUUGACCAAUUUAUUUUUGGGUAAAAACAAGAUAUCGAAAAUAGCAAACUUGGGUCAUUUGGUUAAUUUACAGCUGCUGAGUUUGCAGAGCAACCGGAUUACCAAAAUUGAAAACUUGGAGACUCUGACACAGCUCGACCAAUUGUAUUUAUCAGAAAAUGGACUUACUUGUAUCGAGGGCUUAGAAAACUGUAAACUCUUGACCACGCUCGAUGUUGCUUUUAAUAAGCUUAAAAAAAUUGAAAACAUCAAACAUUUGGAAUUAUUGGAAGAGUUCUGGAUUAAUAAUAACCAAAUAGAAGAUUGGAGUACAGUCGACGCAUUAGCCGAGAACAAGAAACUCCAGACAGUUUACCUCGAGCACAAUCCGAUUGCUAAUGACCCGAGCUACCGACGAAAAAUAAAAUUACUCUUGCCGUGGCUAGUUCAAUUAGACGCGACGCUUUGCAGAUAAACAACCCUAAGCCUUAAAAAAAAUCAAAUCGUCUCGUCCAAAAAAACAGUACCAAUUUUUCAAAGUUAAUUCAUUUUUUUACUUAAAUGUUUAAACGUAUUAAUCAACUCGUAUUAUGAAUUUAACAGUAUAAAAAAUACUUUCCAUGUUGAAUAAUAAAUAAUCCAGUUAAAGAAUAAUUAAUUACCAAAGUACUGAAAGUAAUUAAAGUAACCUCAAGUUAAUCAACAGCUUCCGCGUGAAUCAAAGUGUCGAAAGUUAAAAUUAAUUAGUUUUGACAAAGCAAAUAAUAUUUCUUUACUAUUUUUUAAAUAAUAAUACUCUCUUCGAUUUAUAUAAAUGUGUGAUAACUCUGCACCAUGUUAUUUCGACUGUGUCGAAAAAAAUUUACCGUCAAUGGCAACUGUAAUUUGUUAUCAAAUAAAUGAACAAGAAUUAAAAAAAAA